AAAUUGAUGAAUUUCAACAACAAAAAAUACAAAAAUUUCAGCGGGCGAACUCGGGAUAAGCCCUGACCAAUUUUGGAUCGUGGUAUUUAACACCUUUUAAAACGAUAACAGUCCAUCCUACUAGAGGAGCGGUCGGCCCGGUGCCGGAGGUCAGUCACAGUCGCGCACGUGAGAUCAGUCGUUGGUGUAGAGCUUUCACGUGCAAUUCAUUUUUCGAUAAACUCAGGCCUUCACCAUCACAUACUGACAUACACCCAUUACGCUGGCAUUUAUAGCCUUCGACCGUUCAAACUUCAAACCUACGUAACGACGUUACCCGCGCUGCUCCUCUGUUUCUGCAAUAACCCACGCUCUCACUAAUUUGUUCCUUCAGCAUUUACUCCCCUUCACCUCCUUCCCUACUCCAAAACGGGCGUUAUGCUAAUCUAAUCUUAAGAAAAAGGAACAAGCUUUAUAUGGCAAAUUGGAUCUCUUCCAAGCUCAAAGUCGCUGAAACUCUCCUUCAACAGAUCGAUCAGCAAGCGGCGGAGUCGCUUGGGAAGAAUGAAAAGCAAUUAUCCUAUGAGAUUACAUUGGACACUCCAACGAAACCCAAUGGGGGUGUAUCUUUAAAGGAUCAGUUAAAAAGGAAACCACAAGAUAAUAAUGAUUAUCAAGGCAAAUUGUUCAGUGAUCCCAUUUCUAAUAUGCCUAGUAAUAAUAAUGAUAGUAAGAGUUACAAUUCAGUUAAUAUUACGAGUCGGGAAAAAGAAAUUUCAAGAACAAGAGCUUCAUCGAAACCUAAUACCAAGCUUACGGAUAGUGAUUGGACUGAACUUCUUAGUACACCUAGUCAGGGGACGAGUUCUAGUACUAAUGGGGUAUUUGGGAUUCGAAGCUUGAAGAAAGAUGGCGGGACCAAAGGACAUUUAGGGUCUCAUUUGUCACUGCUGGAAGAGAAGUGGAAACAAAAGAGGAAUGUUAAUGGCAGUAAGUCUGUAAGGAGAUCAGAUAUAGUUUUGGGAAAUAAGUUGAAUGGUAAGCGGAGCAAUGGUGAAGAAUCAAGUGCUUCACUGAGGCCAUCUAGUGUUGAUAAACAGAAUGAUGGUAAGAAUUCGGAGGAGUUGGAGUUGGAUCACAAGGACACUCCUGCAAGCUUUAUGGUGAAAAUGAAAGAUUCAAGGGAUGAAGAAAAUGAUAGGAAAUUGGAUUCUAAAGAGCUUCUGAUCAAUUUGGAAGGGUUUUCACUGUCUGCGAACAAGAACCAGUCAACCCAAAAGGUGUUGGAUUUGGGAGAAGUUGAUGGGGUACCUGAUGCGCUGAUAGGAAUUGCUGAUGCUCAUGGUCAGUUCAGAACAACUGUAAGUGGGAAAUCCAAGUCCAUUGGCUCAUCCAGAAGUUCAGUCUUUGAUGGUGUAAAAGGGGCCUCUCAGCCAUCGAGUGAUGCAAGCUCUGAUUUGGAUCCAGAUUCUGGCUCAGCAUCUGACUCUGAAAGUGAACAUGAGAGGGAGGAAAGGAGGAAGAGGAAGGAGAGGCUUAUGGCUGAGCGAGCAGCAGUUAAAGCUGUGGAUGCUAUCAAAGAACGAGAGAAUACAGUUGCCAGAUUGGAAGGAGAGAAACAGAGCCUGGAGAAAAUACUUGAGGAAGGAGCCAAGCAACAUGCACAAGAGGCUUCAGAGCUGCAGACUACUACAAUGGAAAUGAUGGAUGCUGUUGAGCUAGAAAAGCAGAAACAUAAUGAUACUAGAAUGGAAGCUCUUCAGCGAUUAGCUAAGCUAGAGACCACUAAUGCUGAUCUUGCAAGAUCACUUGCUACUGCACAGAAGAGACUUGAAGUAGAGAUUAAUCGGGUAGCAGAUCUCCGGCGACAAAUUGAGCUGGAAGAAGCAGCUCAUGAAGAACUAAAGAGGAGGAUUGCCAGUAAUCAUCAGAGUGGAACUAAUCUGAACCAAUUAGCAGCAUCAAAGGGAAUUGAAUUUGGAUGUGAAAUCCUCGAGGCAGAGUACUCUCUUGUCGCUGAUAAAAUUGGACAGUUGCAAGACAAGGCAAGACAACUGGAGGCAAGCAUUGAAUUGACAAGGAAAGCUGUGGAGGACCCAACAGAAGUAGAAGUUGAGCUGAAACGAAGGCUUGGACCGCUGACUGAUCAUUUAAUUCAGAAACAAGCUCAGGUUGAGGCACUAUCCUCGGAAAAGGCGACAUUGUCAUUUAGAAUUGAGGCAGUUUCAAGGAUACUGGAAGAGGGCAAGUCCACGAAUAUGAAUAAUGCCACAUCAAGUGAUUUGGAAUUAGGAACAUGGGGUCUCUCAAGUUCAAAGUUUAAUCCUGUUCUCAAAGACAAAAUUCGUUCCGGAAAACGGCAACUUGGAUCAAUGAUUAAGCAGUUGGAUGCUAUAUUUUUGGCAGGUGCAAUAUUCUUAAGAAGAAAUGCAACAGCAAAAGUUUGGUCUUUGGUAUACCUCAUUUGCCUUCACGUUUGGGUCAUAUAUAUUCUAAUGUCACAUUCCCGACCAUCAGAUGAGGAAAGAUCUGGUUCUGUAAUGUCCCUUGGUAAAUAUCAAUAGAAGUGUAGGUGUGUAUUUUGUAAUUUCUGCAUUUCUUGACACUACUUUCAAGAGAUCUAUGUGUAGGGUGUAAUAAAUUUUUAAUUUGUGCAGUUUUUGGCAACAUUAAAUCUACACAAGAA